AUGCCCGUUGUGCCCGCGGAUGUUCAAGUAUCUCACGGAGCAUUUGAAAACCAUGCACGGCAUGACCGCCAAAGAAGCUGUGCAUCUGUCAAGGCAACAUCGCGCAGUGCAAGCUGGUGUUGUGCAAAAGCGAAAGCCGUUUCCCUGCCAUGUGGAGGGUUGCGACGUUCAUGCCGCUCGUGUGGCCCUUCAUUUGAGAAGGGUCCACAAGUUGAACAAAGAAGACCCCGAAUUCCGAAGGUUAGCUGGUUGAAAAAAAUUUUAUUUCCUGAAGUACAUCCCCCUAACCGAAAACAGUAACUCAUUCCUACCCCCAAAACACUCAUUCCUUCUACUCUUUUGUCAGGUACAACGAACAAGUGGCAAAUUCUAGAGCGCAAGAGAAGCACGCGGAACUGCUUGCAGCCAAAAAGGCACAGCGAAAAGAAAAAGGAAAAGUCAUCAAAGCAACGUUCUACUAGUACCCCCCCCCCCUGCUGACCCAUCAAUACAUGGGGAAGAUGUGAGCAAAUUGCAUGAACUGGAAUCCGAUUCCUCAGAAUCAGAGGACAUACCCACUACCCCGCUGGGCGUGAUGUUAGCUGAACCGAGAGCCCCAAAAGACGACCCCGACAAGGACACGUGUAAAGCUUUCGAGAGCCUCCCUGUCCUUCAAUUGUUUAAGCAUCAUUUGAAGGACUUUGAGGAGGGGCUCUCGAAAGGCUCAAGUGGCCAAAGAUCACACGAGGCGGGUGUGUCGACUUUUAUUCGAAAUCAAAAGUUAGCCAAGUGAGGUAAAACCUCUUUGGGACAGCAACAACAUUAACCUUCUCAAAAACAAUUUCUUCAAGGGCAAUGACUUACUGGGAGAAGAGGAGAAGCGACAGCCUACAACGCUAAAGGCGUAUAUAGGAUCACUGCGCCUCUUCUUCCAGUUUGUUAUUGCCCGGCAAGAAGAAAUUAGGAAGUUGGAAGACUUCAGCGAUGCAGAUCUGCGAUUAGUGAAUUCUGCUAUGGCCAGGUUGGAGACCUGGCCAAAGGCGUUGGCAGACGCCAUGAACAAACGCAAAGCAGAUAUCCGUCUGCGGGACGUUGAUGAAAAGCUGCAACCCGAGGACUACGAGGCCUUCUUUGACAGCCCAAGGGCUAAUGAAAUCAAGAGGAUGUUCUUAACCAUUCAAAACCAGGACGAUCCCAUAGUCAGCGUCAACGACUUUACGGCCAUGCGCGAUUAUUUGCUGCUGCGAGUUUUGGUCGCCAGCGGUGCGGGGCCGCAUCUAAUCUAACAAUAUUCGAAUACCAAAAUGGAACCGUAUCAGGCGCAGAGAACGUAUUUGUCACCCGAACCCUUCGCCACAAAACGGCGGCCGGAGGGCCGGCCAAAUUAUUUUGGGAUCAGGAAAUCAAGCCGUAUGCAGAUACGUAUCUAAACAAACUGCGUGGGAAAUACGAAACGGAGAGUUCCGUGGCACCAGCGGCGCUGGGAAUUCCCGCCCUGCCGUUAUUCUUCAUCUCCACCAAGGGCAAUCCGCUUGACGAGUCUCGAGCAAGUAAUCGCCUUGCGCAGAUGGGUAAGCAGGUGGCCCCUCAGCUAAAGGGGACACUGAAGAGUUCCCGUCUGCGCAAGGGCCUCGUUAGCUUGCAGCGAGGCGAGACCUCUGCUGCUGGGUCGAGGGCCCAGCUGGCCAAGCAGAUGGGCCAUUCUGUGGAAACGGCCGAGCGCUAUUACAACCUGCAAGAGGAACAAGCUGAUGCGAACGUCCACAGCGUCAUUGACAGGUUGACACACGGUAAUGUGCCACUAACUGACCCCCGACUAUCCCCUUUACCCGAGGAGGUCGAAGGUGGUCUACAUCAAGUCGGUGGAGAGGAAGUCGGGGGUGGAGAGGUAGUCCCCGACAGCGACUCCGACGAUGAUCUUUCAUUUCUGGAAAGAAAUGAAAUUAAAAGGGUGUUCGGGCACCUCCUCGAGCCAGACAGAAUGAUCCUUAAACCAAAGGUGCAAGUCAGAAAGUCUAAGAACAAUGUCAUUAAAGACUUGAAGACCAGCACCAUCAUCCGUUUUCUGGAAAUGGAGAAGGAGAAAGUCGUAAGACCAGACGUACCGAAGCUACAGAAAGAGAAAGCAGAUUUGGACCUGCCAGCCCCUACGAGCUCCACGAGAGACACUCGUUUAUUCACGCCUUUGGAGACUAAUUUAAUAAUGGCAGUUAUGAACACACUUGCACCGAAAGCCAGUGGCAAAGAAUGCCUUCGUGCUAUCAGCAAUGACGCGAAUUGA